UGUCACUGCAGAUGUGCAAAUGCAGACGAUUUCUCAUUUUACUGCAGUUGAAGUAGUCUGAUUCUAAUAAUGCUAGGUUCGUUUAGCAUUAUGAUUUUCCAUUGUGUUUUAUUUACAGUUCUCUUCAAACUUAUCAACGCGGUGGAGGAGAACUGCACCGAUUUCCAGGGCAAUUCGGUGCUUCAUGGCCUGCUCUACGUGCCUGGGCCGAAUGUUUGCUCGCUGUGCGUCUGCUACCAUAAUGAACCCAUGUGGUGCAAGACCAUCUACUGUGACGGCCCUCCCUAUAAACGGUGCAAACGGUUCCUGAUCGGGGAGCACUGCUGUGAAUUCGAGUGCCUGGAGCCCAUCGACCCACCUCUGCGACGAAAAAGUUCCGCUUCGAAAACGGUUGUCUUCGUGACAACAGUGGCAGUGACCACGACGUUGUCCCUAGUUGUCACAGCCGUUCUGCUCAGAUCCUUGCAUUAGCAUACGAUUGCCCAAAACCCUUCCUAACCUCACUCAAUCCCACAUAACUUGGUCCUCCCCUACAUCGAGAUUGUAGGAUUGCCAUCUCUAUCCUGGUUAGGCAUUUCCUCUUUCCAAUCAAUCUGAAAAUUUAUAUCGAUUGCUUAUUGGGUUAACUGAAGUUUCCUUUUGCAAAGAUUCUGCUGCAAUCCAACAUGAAAUUUCCAGCUCAUAAACAAUGACAGACGGUGAGCAUCAGAGAUUUUUAGGUAGCCUACCGAACUCAUCGUCUGCAGUAGGUAUCCAUAAAAUAAUAGGUAGUGUCAUUAUCUUCCAAUAGAAAUAAUCGAAACUAGACUUUAAGAUUUCUUCCUAGAUUAUAUAAUUCAUUCUUUUAGAUAUUACUCCCACCAUAUUUAUAAUAUUUCUAGUCAUAUUUCGGCCCUAGGAUAUGUAACUUUUAGAACUUUUUAUAUCUAUAUAUAAUAAUAUCAUCUUCACUGAAGUAUUUGAAUUGAGAGAGUAGGCUAUAUCGAAGAUUUAUUAAAUUCUUGAAAUUUAUCUAGUGUUAUAAGAUAAUAAUUUAGUUUAAUAUCAUUUUUAUCUAUAUAGUGAGGUUUACGUUUUAUUGGCAGUGUUUGAUCAGCAAUGUUAUAGCUAUCCUUAUCUAUCAUUCAACAAAGCGGAUAGCGCUGUCUUUUUCUCGCUUUGCUCUGUUAGAAUUAAUAAUUAACAAGAUAUUUCAUCUUAUGCUGCAUGUAGCAAUAGUUGCGAAUAUUUUGCAACGCAUUGGUUUGCGCCAGUAGCACAUACACAGCAAUGGUAUUAAAUUUGCGCACGGCAAGUUCUCCGAAUUGAAUUUGCACCGCAUCAAAAUUCCGCAAUAUAUUCGCGUCGGUGUGCGCCUGGUAUUAAUUAUGUAAAUUCAUUAUGAAAUUAUCGGGAAAAAAUAUGUAUUGCUUAAUAAAAUAUAAUUGAUUGUUUUAAACGAGAAUGAACAGUUAAUAUUAAAGCUGUAUCAGUUAGUAUUGAAGACAUUGACAAGAGGCAACGUUUUUCUCCCAUCUUUCUCUACUGCCAUUAUAACGUGGACCUCAGUAUACAUUUAUUUUAUCAUUUGAGAAUUAUUAGGUACCGGUAAUCGAACUUAAAUUUAUUUCUAUGAUUGAUAUGUAUAUGCUAUGAGAAUAUUGUAAUUAUUAACACAAAUCUAUUACUAAAAUAGGAUGAUAAUAAAUUAUAUUCAUCUCAUUCAGUGUUUCUGAAUCAAAUGUGGGUUGUGAGUCGGUUAAAUAAGUGAGUUACCAAAUACAUUCUUGCCGGUAAUUUAUUGUAGGAUUUUAAGAUACAUAUUGGAUCACAAUAUAAAAUAAUGUUAGUAUUUUUCCAUAAUUGAAGAAACACACUUUUAUUUUGUCACAUCUACAGAUAUUAAUGUAGUAUCUGUCUAAUAAAGUGUGGAUGUGACAAAAUAAAACGGUGUUUUUCAGUUAGUAUUUUUUUUUUUUUUGAAUAAUAUCUUUAGAUUUCGAUUGCAUGUAUACAAGCGAACAAAGACAAAAAUGUAAGUAAUGUUAUGAAUAGGUAGCCUAUGUAAUAUAUUAUAUUUUUGUAAGACACUGAUAAUAUAUUAUAGCCUAAGUUUAAUUUGAGAACAUCAUUGAUAAUAUCGUUUCCCAUUCUAUGAAUUAUGCUGGUAGGUAUUGUUCUAUCUUCAAUUCUUUGCAUUAUUCAUACAAUAUGAGCAUUCUACUUUGGAGCUACAAUUCGAUAAAUUCAUGUUCAUAAUGAGAAACGAAACAAUCAAUUCUUAAAAUUCCUCGAGUUGUAUAUUAUAUGGUUUCUCAUAUAUUUCGUAUUAAUUAACCUUCCGGUAGUCGCGCCCUUCUCAAUCACACGAGCAGUCGCGUGUUGUAUUUUGUACAACAUCCAAUUUUCCUAGUGUUAUGUAAUCUGUUUACUGUCAAAACAUAGAAAUUAAUUUUAUAUUUACUUUUUCCACCUUCUUAGAUUAUUUUACGCCUAUAAACAUUUUAAUGAUUACCAUUUCGUAGCCCAAUAAGGUACAUCAAGCAAAGCCAUCAAUUCUGUGUUAUUGGUUCGUUUACAGUCCCCGAAUACAGUCUUUCCCUAUCUUAUGCACAGUGCGACUUAUGCACUGUCGCUACUAAAUUGCACCUAGACUGACCAAUGGCUCGGUUGAUACUGCAACUCAGUGGAGUGAUGGGGGAAAGUUUUGAAAUGCAUAGGUGACUCAUUCACUAACACCACCCCAUUCAAUAGUUUUGUGCAGCAAAAAAACUGACACUGUUGAUAUACCUUACAACCUGUUGUACUUUUUACAACAGCGCGCCUGCCGGAAGGUUAAUUACAUCAUUGAUAAAAUAUUCAGUAAUAAUAAAAUAAUAUUGAAUUUUCAUAUAAUUUCCAGUAAAAUGCCGUAUGAAUUGUUUCUCUAUCUCAAAAAUACUUGAAAAAUAAAGUAGUUUGAAUUAUGAUUCAAUAUAGGCCUAAUUCACAAUAUUCAUUAAAACAAAAAACUAAAAAAAUUGUUUUCAAUUUGUCUAGCUGACAGGGAACCAUAAGAUAUAAGAUAUAUAUAAAAUAUUCAUGCUAUCGUCAUUCAGUUAUCUGUAGCUUUCUUCUUAUGAAAUUAUUGAUACUAAUUCUGUUAUAACCUUUAAUAUUUGAAACAAGUUCAUUCAAGAAAUAAAUAGGCUACUAGUGAAAGCUUAUACAGUAGUCUAUUAUAAUUAAAUAAAUUAAGGGAAUAAUCAUUGAAAUUCAAUGAUGAUAUUCACAAAUGAACCAAGAAUUACUUGAAUAAUAUAUUGCUCAUUUUAUCAAUGAUAAUAUUUAAUGAUAAUUUUUUAAUCUUAAAUAUACGAUACUAUGAGGAUGAUUUAGAUGAUGUAUACCGGUAUCAUAAAAUAUAAUUCAAUCAUAGUAAGAAACAGUUUAUCUUUAAAUAAUGAUUAUGCUCAUAAGUUAUAGAUGGACUUCAAAUUAAGAAAAUUAGAACACUAAAUUUUAUUCACAGACAAUAGGCAUAGAACUCAAAGUAGGGGACAGUAAAAAUUAGAUAUGCACAAUAAUUUAUUUGUGAAACUCGCUCAUUCCACUAUAAACUGGCUGAAAGUUAAAAAUUUUAUUAAUAAUCUAUGAAUGUAGGUAGUUUAUUUAUUUCAUUUUUACAGUUUUCAAGCAUUUUCAUGAAUAUCAACUACUGUUAGAGUAUUAUAAAUAAUCAUAUUGUAUUCUAUCGAAGUUCGAUAGUAGCUCCAUUCCUUGGCUCAUUCUCACUUUUUGGAACGACACUUAAGAACUGUCUUAGCCAAUUGAGGUUUGCUUGGCAACCAGAGCGUGCGAUUGGCUAGAAAUGUGAGACGUUUAUGAAUACGGCCCCAAACUCAUACAUUGAUGGAAUUGAAACGAAAUGAAAAUGAUCAAGUAUCCUUUAUUCUAUUAUAAACACAAUAAAAUGAAAAAA